AUGGCUCGAAAUAUGGAUGCUCACUCCAGCUUUGUCUUCCUCCUCGAAAACCUUCCCACUUGGAAGGCUAGCAUUCAGUCAUUAUCCUCACAUGCCGACCAGAAACAUACCGAGUUUGUAACCGAGUAUGCUCGACUGGUUAACCAGAUCAAGCCCAAGCGUCGGAGGUCACCUUCCAUGACUUCAGUCCAUACCACCGAUGACAAUGAUUACCCUGGCCAGCCUGAAGGGGAUUCCACUCCAAGCAUUGACACUAUGCCACCCCCCCUCAGCCGGAUCGAAAUCAAUCCUCUCGAGGCCGGGAACAAAUAUUUAUACGCGCAAGCCAGAAGGAGGCGGAGACCGGGCACCUCAAUCCGUUCAGGAGCCUCUGGGCCACAAAAGUUCAGGAAUAAAAAUCAAGUCGUUGUAUAUUACGAUGCUUUUCUGCAAGAACAACUGGAAACCAUGGUGAAGACUAUUGGCGUCGGUCGGAACAACCUACGCAAGGGCAAAAAUGCCUUAGUAGCUGCUAAAGGAUUUUCUCUUCCCGCCUUAUCAUCUACCACGCGCAACCACCGAGCUUAUCCAUCACUCGACAGUAUCCGAGGUACAACUUCGGUAUCCCGCAGUACGCCAGCACUUGUGUCGGGAAAGAAGCCUACUUCACACACCGUCCAACCCCAAGCAGCAUCCGAUGAUGAAACUUCUUUCUUCCUGGUGGACAAGGAGCUGGAGUCGAUCCAGUCUCUCUGUGAGACUGCGGCUCACCAAUUUCUUCGAGAUGGCGAUUGCAAGACAGAGCUGGAUUCAAUUUGUCAGAGGUUUGACGCCGUCCUCGCCCAAGCAACCGCUGUAGCAGAAUCGCUCAAGAACAGUCGGCAAGAAAACCAACAGGAGUUGGACGGAGACCGUGAGCACGCAGAUAACACUCAUAGCUGUGGAGACUCGGUUGGUACACUGUCUACUCAGCCUUCGCUCGAUGUCCUUCAUACCCCCAAGAUUGGUGCAGCCAUGGACCGCAGUCACCUCAUCAUUAGCCACACUUUGGAGGACAUGAAGUCGCGUGGAGCAUUCUUCAGUGCACCCAUGGUAUCGGGUGACAAUGCGGGAAUGAUGACUGACAACAUCGAAGUGGACGAUGCCAGCGACCAGAGCUCUGUUGUCGUCGACAUUACGCAGUUUCGAAUGACGAAUCCGAGGAGGACCAGGGUCUGA